CAAAGGUAAAUAUCGCUUGGUCAUGGCACUGGUUGGCAAGCUUUCUUCCCCAUUUCAUUAUUUUCCGCGUCAGCUCGUACGGCAGUCUGGUGUCCCAUGCAAGUUUGGCAUUACACACUUCACGAUAAAGCAUCUUUCCGGUAAGAGUAAUAGGAGCUACUAGUCCCAGUGGAUCGUAGAUUCUGGCGACUUUUCCGAGAAUCCCUCUCUUUGUAGGCUCAGCUACACCCGAUGGAAACUUGAUUCCAAUAGUAUCCUCUUCUUUGUUCCACGAAAGACCGAGAAUACUCGCUUGUUCUCCGUUUGGAACGCCAAGUUGUUGAUUCGCAAACGUCUCCGUCUCUUCUGCCCCGACUUUAAUGGGUGACUCUAAAUCUCGAACAUUAGAGUGCCACUUGUGCAGGUCGAAGAUUGCAUCUGAGAAAAUCUCGAUUGCUUUGCUCUUUAGUUGCUCUGCCUUGAUCUAGUUCUCACCGCCGCUGAUUAAAUCGUCAUCGACAUAAAGGCUUUUCUCUAUUUCACUAACAAUCUCUGGAUGGACUGUUCGAAAGUUCUCUAAAUGCUGCUGGAUAACUCCCGCAAGCAAGAAAGGCGAAGGAGCUAACCCGAAUAACGCACGAGUGAAUCGAAGAACUUCGAUAGUCCUUGUCUGCAGAUCUUUAAACCAAUGGAACCUGAGUGCGUCACGAUCUUUCUCAUGGAUUCGUACUUGCAGGAACGCUUGUUUCAGGUCUCCCGUGAUCAAAACUGGGUGAAAUCGCGCUCUCACCAAUACAUUCCACAGCUGGUUUUGCAGGCGUGGUCCUGGGUUGAGGCACUCGUUCAAAGAUGGCGAAUUCUCACUGGCACGAGAGGACGCGUCGUACACAAUCUUCAGCUUGGUGCUUUCGGCAGAUUCCUUCACAACCAGUUUGUGAGGAAUGUAGAACUCCCGUCCCUGAGGAACUUCGCUCGCACGUUCAACGAUUCCUUGUUUGAGUUGGUCUUAAUCACUUUGUCGUAUCACUCGAAAAGGUCAGAUCUUUCUAGCUCUCUUACGAGGCUGUUGAAUCGUCGUAAACUUCCCGAUUUGUUGUUAGGAAGAGGUGGGUGAUUUUCUUUCCAUGGUAAGGUUGUCUCGUACCAUCUCUAUGAACUUCGUUGUAAUUGUUCUUGGAACUCCUUGUAAACUUCGUUUUGAUCACCAGUUGGAGAGUCUUCUAAACCGAGAACGUCGAGACGACAUAGCUUUUCGUAGUCUGCGCUGGAGGUCUGGGCCAUGAACAUCUCGUUCAAGUUCACUUCCUUGCCAGGUGACAUUAUCGUCCAGCCAAACUUGGUCUUCUCUGCAAUUGGUUCUCCUUGGCGGCCGAUCUUUGGCGAGGUCUCAGUUUUAAUCUUUGUAUACUCAUUUGCUCCAAUCACCAGAUGCACGGGCAACUCUGCUUUGUCGUCUUUGUCAGUCAUCUCCACGGCUCGCAAGUGUAACUACUUGGCGAUGAUCUCAGCAUAUCUUGGGUUCUCCAAUACUAAAAGUUUCUCACGAUCGAUUUUGCUGACUUGCAUUUCGAGAGAGAAAUCACUUUCGAGGCUUUUCACGCGUAUCUGAUAUAGUUCGAUAUUCUUGGUGACAGAACCUAUCAUCAUCUCGAUAUGGCGUCUCUCCACUUUCACCGGUUUAAUGUUUAACCUGUUAAUUAACGCACUGGACGCAUACGAACUACCCGCCCCAGUGUCUAACAACGCGCGGCAUUUGAUACCAUUUAUCUCUACAACGACAACAGGGUAGCAUACCGAUCUGUUCUCAUUACAAGAGGCUGCCAAAAGUUGAUUAUCGCGUUGAUCACAAAUUGACGUGUGGUGCUUACGUUGGCAUUUGUGGCAUGCAGAACGACUUUUACAGCCUGCAGCACGAUGUUGACCUCGCGUGCAACUGAAACAGAGACCGUUCUUAGCGAGGUGUUUUCUACGAUCAUCAACUUUUGUUAGCUGGUCACAAGCAAUCGAUUUGUGGGUUUCUCUUUGGCAGUAUACACACCCCCCGGGUCGAGCUGGAUAAUUGCGUGUCGCAAAAUGGCGUGAAUAUGCCCCAGGGAGCUUUUUCUUGCUGUCAUCGCUCGACUCAAUUGGAUUUAUGUCUUUCCACAUCUUGAGUGCUUUAACUAAUUGAGGGAAAUCCCAGUCUUGCCACCCACGAGUUUGACUAAUGUCGCGGGUCGCGUGUCGCGGGUAAAAAGUCGCGUGUCGCGGGUAAAAUGUCGCGGGUAAAAAGUCGCGGGUCGUAAAAAAGCUCUAAACCGUGUAUUUUAUUGAAUCGCGGGUUGAAUAAAGUGUGUAAAAAUCACGUUAUCAUUUAUUAGUUAUUUAAUGGUUUUUAUCAAUAGUUGUUCGAAGAUGUUAUGGCUGCAAUUGCGAGUUUCUAGAUAAAUAUAGACAAGAACCAUAUAACAUUAUUGUAACUGAAGCACGUUGAUAGACGGUGGUCCGGUUGUGCAAAAGGAUCCUGUUACACAUUCCUAUGCUUAUAGUCCUGAUUUUAGUAAUACAUAGGCAUCCAAUUUCUACCAUAUCAGGCGUAAAAAUCCGCUAUUCAGUGGCUCAGUGCGCGUUGUCGUCAAGCCUCUGCGCAUCGAUCAGUACUUUCCAGAAACAACUGCUAGAGAACAACCGACUUAAAUAUCCGGGUUGUUGGUGAAUCAUAAUGUACUUUUAUAAUGUCCUAGCAUGGAUAUAUCUAUUAUUUGUGAUACUAUAUGGUUGUUUUUAAAUUGGUAUAAAACUGAUUGUAAUAGUAGUGGUAAACUGAAUUUAUUUCUACCAAAGUCUUGUUUGUUUCUUUCAGAACAUUUUUUUGAUUAGAGGAUUUUUGUCAUGGUAUAAUUGUUGGUUUAACAUAUUGAAAUUAUUCUUUCAAGUUUUAGGCUUCUGGCACGUUUAUAUUGAACCAUUAAAUCAUGAGAAAAGGCUCUUGGGCAAUGCUUCGUAUUGAAGCAAUCCUAUAUGGUUGUUUACUAAAUGAAAACGUGAUUUUACACACUUUAUUCAACCCGAGACUCUAAAAUACAUGGUUUGGAGCUUUUUUACGACCCGCGACUUUUUACCCGCGACAUUUUACCCGCGACAUUCUACACACGACUUUUUACCAGCGACCAUUAGUCAAACUCAUUAAAUCGUGACAAAAGGCUCUUAGGCAAUAUUUCGUAUUGAAGCAAUCCUAUAUAGCUGUUCAGUAAAUGAUAACGUGAUUUUUACACACUUUAUUCAACCCGCGACAUUUUACCCGCGACCCGCGACAUUCUACCCGCGACACGCGACUUUUUACCCGCGACACGCGACCCGCGACCAUUAGUCAAACUCGCCACCCACUCUGUCCCCUUACCAGAUCAGAUUUAAUCCCUUUAAGUUUAUCAAUGACAGAUCGCACAUUGCCCUUGACGUCCUGAAGUCUACCCAAGGUCUCUAAUGACUGUACAUUGAGCAAUAGCGUUUUGUAAAAUUCGUGCACUUUAGACGGCUGGGAUCCAGUAAUUACUGGCAAAUUCAUAAUAUUUUGGGUAUACGCGUUAACUAUCUCGCUUGGUCUGCCGUAUUCGCUGUUCAAAAUUGUUUUGGCGCGUUCGUAUCCCUCGAUUGUGAAAGGCAAACCAUCUACUUCGGCGCGUAUACUCGGUUCUAGCAUUUCUUUCAAGUACGCAAAUUUUGUUGUUGGCGCAAGGUCGGACUUAUCAAUCUCCGCUUCAAACUUGUUCCAAAAUGUGAGCCAGUUACUCGCAUUCCCGUUAAAUUUCGUGAUUUUUAGCUCUGGAAGUUUAGAAUUAACACGAGUUUUUAGCGGUUUAGAUUCAUGAGCGUGACCUUGUCCUUGAGAUUUCCGCGUUUCAUCAAGUUUUUGUUCGUAUUCUAAUUUGAGUUCAAACUUGCGCUUUUCAAACAAUAAUUGUUCUUCGCGUUCCUUUUCUUUUAACGCAUGCUCUUUCUCUCUAUCUCUACCUAUUUGGUUGGAUCUUACCUCAGUGAUGGCAUUCUUGAGUGCAGUUAUGGCUUCGUCUGUUUUCCCAAUCUCCCCGUCCAAUUCUGCGCCCCAUUCUGCAACCGCCUCCGGUUCUUCGCCCUUUUCGAAUUUGGACUGUUCAACAUUUCUUCGCAGUCCAUGGUGACGUUCCAUAGCAGUAAUAAUGGAACCAGUCGUAAUUGAGCCAGUUUUGUCCCGUGUAAAUUUAAGCAAUUUUAAUUUGGCAUUAAGAUCUGCCACUAGUUUCACAUCCUCGCUUCCUUCAGUCAUGUUUAAAACGUACGUAAUCCCGUCGGAGGUGCCACUUAGUGUCGGAAAUAAAGUAUGUAGUCGCAACACUAUUCACAAAUCACAAGCUUUUUGUAGUUUUAUUAAAAAAAGGUAUAUUCGCAAUCACACGCCCAGUUUGGCUCUCGAGUCUCAAUCCCUCACUAUCUCACUCACAUCACAUCACACACACACACUCGCUCUAAAUCUGUCAAUUUAGGUAUAUAUAUAUCACGGAUUAUAUCUCUGGCAUGCAAAUAAUGUCUCUAUCUCUAAUCAAUGUCGUCAUGGUUACAUAAUUAACUAAGAAUUAACGAAAAUAUUUAACAUAUAUAUAUAUAUAUGUAUGUAUAUAUAAUAUAUAUAUAUACGAUAUUCUGAGGGUUGUUUCUGUCCGAAAAAAUAAUGGAUUUUUGGGCAAAAUUUUUGCUAAAAUUUUGAUUCAUAUUUUGGCUAAAAUUUUUAGUCCAAUUUUGGGUCCAAUUUUGAGUCCAAUUUUGGAUCCAAUUUUGGGUCCAGUCAAAGGGUCCAGUCCAUGUUUUGUACUAUGCCGUGAAAACAAUGCAUUCUUUGUAUCGUCCAUGGGAAAAUGGCCAACUUAAGCAACCCAGAAGAUUACCAUACCUGUUUUGACCCAAAAACCUUCCUCGAAUAUUUUUAUAAAAACGUCAAAGGAGACGAAAAUAAAGAUCGAUCUGUGUCGCCGUUUAUUAAUGUAUUUCACGAGUUUUGGUCGAGCUUUAAGGCGCCAACAGACACGGAACUGACGGACGUUCGAUAUCUCGAGUUUGGUGGUGGACCUUCUAUAGCCAACCUUGUUUUUGCUUGCCCAAAAGUGGAUCAUAUUGUCUUUGCUGAGUAUGCAGAAGCGAAUAGAGAAGCCGUGAAGUCUUGGAUUGCUGGCGACGCUGAGGCCUACGACUGGAUGCCUUUAAUUGAAAUCGCUGUUCUUGAACUCGAACAAGGACGUGGCAUUGUAGAUGAGAGAAGUGAAACCUCCGCAGACAAAGAGAAGCUCGACUGUGUACUAAAUCGCGCUGAUGAACUGAAACGAAAAAUCAAAUCUAUUGUCCCAUGUGAUGUGAACAAAGCUCCAAUAGUCCAACUUGAUACUGAUGAUGUUGCCAAACCAUUUGAUGUUGUGUCCACAAGUUUGUGCCUAGAGUCAUGUGUGUCGUCUGAGGUGCACUACAAGAACAUCGUCGCAGAACUUUGCAAAUUACUCAAACCAAACGGUUACCUAUUUAUGAACGGCGCGCUGGAGGGAACGUUUUAUUUUGUUGGCGAAGAAAAGUUGCAUAACUUUCCCCUAACUGAGAAAAUGGUGAAAGAAGCAAUGAUCGAAGCAGGAAUAGAAAUUGAGAAAUAUGUAACAAUUCCAGGCGUUCCAUUACAUUACUCGGAAGUGACUGACUGUAAAGAUUUAUUUUAUACUUAUGGCAGAAAAUGUGCAGAAAAGUGACAGUGAACACGAACUAGCAACAAUUAUUGCUUUUCGACUUUAUACUGUAAUUUGAUAUAUAUAAUAAUGAAUAAAAUACUUUCAAAAUUUUGUCCAGUUUGGUACUUGCAAGCUUUCCAUGUUGCGAUGAAAUUUUGAGGAAGCGUUGGUCUAAUUAACUCUUUGACGACCCACCCAAUUCAUUCAUCCUCGCGCGGUUGAUGGCUUUGUGUUUUCAUAUCUUCGGUUCAGUGCAUGCUAUGAAGACAGAGAUACCACCAUUCGAUUCAGAAAUAAAAGAUUCAACUAAUUCCUCAGUAUAGUUACAGUCAUUAUCAACAUCGUCAUUGUAGCGAUUUAUGGGCCUUUGAAGUCAAACAUGAUCAUAUUGUAUCAAAUUACGCAAUUGAACAAAAAUAUAAACUAGCCAUACCUUUCGCCGAAUAUAAUUUCGGCCCCUUCGAACAUAUCGUCUUUGUAAUAGUCUUGUCCGAAUCCCCAUCAAAAACACUAUUUAGAGUGUUAUUUGCAAGCCUGUAUCUUCAAAUCUGUAUCUUUUAUCAAUAUAUUUCCAUUUCUUGUCCGACUGUGAGCUCGAAGUGAGUUAAUCCCAACCGGAAAUACGACUGAAAACCGUCAGAACAAUGCGACGUUUGUAUCGUAUGACCCUGCAAAGGCCAGAAAUGGUUCGCAAGAUCAAAUUGCACAAAAGAGAGUUUGGUGAGUUUGACGUCAUCCCGGUCACAGGAGCUUCUUAUUGGCCAAUUAUUGCCCUCUCGUGUUGAACAUGAUAUCUCACUCGUUCGCCGCGCUUAUUAGGUAAACUCGUGAGAUAUCAUGUUCAACACUCGAAAUAAAUCUGGUAUUCUCAACUGCAACGAAUCAGCGUGGAGAAUUUUCAGUUAAUCUUAAUAACCCAUGUAAUUAUACUAAUUAACAAUUAGUCGCCGAAGGCGAGGUGAUUACAAGCCUAUAUUCACUGAGCCGAAGGCGAAGUGAAUAUAGGCUUGUAAUCACCGAGCCUGAGGCGACUAAUUGUUUUAGUAUAAAUUUCCAGGUGUUUACAAACAAUAAUCCACACAACUUUAUAAAAAUUCACUACAAAUAAAUUUAUUUUCACUAUAAAUAGUUUGUUUACAAAAUUUAAAUCUCAGACACGGCUCUGUGUCGCGUUGCGUCUAAGCCAGUUUUUUUUUCCAAAUAAAAGCACGUAAAGUUUAAUAUUUUACCUUGAAAUAUUUUUAUACCAUAUUUUGUAGCUUGUUUGGGUUUUUUCGGAAUGCUAUCUUCUUUAAUUUUGGCAAUUUCCUCCUCUGUUACUACGGCAAAACGAGCAGCCAUUUUGAAAAAAAAAAGCUAUAGUCACUGACCAGUGACUAUCACUUCAGAGACAGUGAAUCUUGACCAAUCAGAAUGCAGAAAAAUCAAUAGUCACCUGGCAAUUUAUACUAAUGUUCAAUAUUGUUGACAACUGUGAACAAUGUGGGCAGCAAAACAUUGUUCAAUGCUGUUUUCAUCAACUAUUGCAACAACCUGAUCAUUUUUAGCCGUGUAUGUAAUUAGGUAAGCGUAUAAUACUUGAUGUAAAGCACAUUUGGUAUUUCGCCCCCCUUUUAUAUAGAAACUUCACCUUUCCUUUAGGAACUUCACCUUUCCUCCGUUAAAAAUUUCGCCCUUCCUAACAGUUGCAUAGGAUAAUUUAUAUUGCAUGGCUUUAGUCAUUUGAAAUCAGUAUCAAUUCAAAAUUUUUUCUUUACAAAUUUACAAUUACAUGUAACGACCCAAAGUCUAUAGCUGAGACAUUAAACGACCAUUUCUCAAGCAUAGGAUCCAAAUUGGCAUCUAAGAUAAGAAAUUUGUAUCCAAAUCGGAAUUCUAUCAAGCAACCUAGUGAGUUUAGGGAAAAUGAAUUUGUUUUCCAGCCAAUUGAAGAAAGUUAUGUGUAUGGUGUUCUGAACAAUCUUAAAACCAACAAAGCUGUAGGCCUAGACAAAAUCAGCGCUAGGUUACUUAAAGAUUCUUCCAGUGUUGUAACUCCCAUCCUAACCAAACUUUUCAAUCGUUCACUCACUUCCUCAACAUUUCCAUCAACCUGGAAGUCUGGCAAAGCAACAGCGCUUUUCAAAUCUGGUGACAAAUCCAAUGCUAGCAGUUACAGACCAAUCACGAUACUCCCAACAAUUAGUAAAGUUCUCGAGAAAGCAGUCCACUCUCAAGUUUACCGCUACCUUAUUGACAAUAAAAUACUAACACCACAACAGUUUGGUCUCAGACCCAAACUUUCCACUGAGAUUGCGCUUGCACAUUUCACAGACACCAUUUUGGCUAAUAUGGACAAGGGUUUAGUAACAGGAGCUGUUUUUCUUGACCUGGCUAAAGCCUUUGAUACUGUCGACCAUUCUCUUUUAUUUGAAAAGCUUGCCUCAUCUGGUCUCUCCAAUGAUUCUGUCAACUGGUUCAAGUCAUACCUAAGCAAUAGAAAUCAACUUACCGCCCUGGCUAACACUGUUUCCUCCUUCAAACACGUUCCUGUCGGAGUUCCUCAAGGUAGUGUUUUGGGUCCACUACUAUUCCUUAUUUUUGUUAAUGAUUUGCCUUAUUGUAUCAACCAUUGUGAAAUAUCCUUAUACGCUGAUGACACUGUGAUAUACCUUUCUUCAAACAAUGCUUGCGAUCUUGAAAUGAAGUUAAAUUCCGAUCUAAAACACCUAUGCAGAUGGUUUAACGACAAACUUCUGACACUUAAUGUCUCCAAGUGUAAAUUUAUAAUUUACGGAAGUUCUCGCAAAGUUGCAAAAUUUAACAAUGUUUCCAUCACGGUUAAUGAUUCCAUACUUGAUAGAAUUGACUCCUUCAAAUACUUAGGAGUUACAAUUCAACAAAACCUAACCUGGUCAGAACAUAUCGACAACAUCAGCAAGAAGUUUAAUCAACGCCUUGGUCUCAUUCGCCGCAUAAAAUUCUUACUCCCUAUUCAAGCCAGACUCACCCUCUACAACAGUCUUGUUCUCCCUCUAUUGGACUACAGUGAUAUCGUGUGGGGAGAUAAAAACAACUCCACUCUAAUGAACCACCUUCAAGUUCUGCAACAUAACGCUGCGAGACUUAUCCUUGAUCUUCCUCGCCAUUCCUCCGCUACCGAAGCCCUUGAAACUCUAGAGUGGAAACCCCUUUAUCUACGUCGAAAAUACCACCGUUGUAUCUCCGUCUUUAAAUGUCUUAGCCAUCUAGUCGACUUUGAUUUUAACCUUACCAUAAUCUCCCGUAUACAUAGCCAUAAAACACGCCAGAACAACAACUACUACCUUCCACGCCCACGUACAAAUUGGGGAAAACAGCAAUUCACUUAUCACUCAAUAUCGGAAUGGAACUCAUUACCUAUUGAACUGAAACAAUCUACUAAUCUUAAUCUCUUUAAAUCCAAACUAAAACAAUUUAUCUAAUUAAGUUGAACAAUUUAUCUAAUUAAGUUGAGUUUGUUUUUGGUUUUUUUGUUUUUUUUCUAACUAUGAAGUAUAAUUAUAUUUUUCUAACUAUGAAGUAUAAUUAUAUAUAAUCCAUUUGUAAACAUUUUAUAGUUUUUAAAUAAGCACAGUAUAGUUUACCAUGUAUAAUAUAGAUAUAUAUUGCAGGACCUCCCUGAAAAACACUUCGGUGAGUGGAGCUUCCUGAAUAAAUAUUAUUAUUAUUAUUAUUAUUAUUAUUAACGAAAGGGCUUAGGGGUGGUCAUUAUUUCCAUAAAUUGGGAAAUGGGAGGGGGGGGGGGCAAACGAAGUUUUACCCUUAUAAAUAGGGGGGGUCAAAAAAGUUUUAACACAGAGAAAAGGGGGGGGGGGUCAUAAAAGCUUUUGAACUUAAAUACCAUGUCUAGAGUUCUGAUUUCUAUAAUCACAAAUAGCAAAAAAGAAGACUCUGAAAAUGCUAUUUCCAACGAUCUAGAGACUCAAAAUUUUCAAAACUUUCCUGCUCGGCCCCAACCAUGGUAGCGCCUCGCGAUCGUGGAAGUUGGGCCCACUAAGUUUAACAAGCUUUCUACCCCCUGAGUGACCCAGUUGUGGUAUUUACAUAAACAUACCAUGCAAGUACACUUAACUGAUCAGAUUCGGUCUAUCAACGCACAAUGUAACGCUAUAUAUCCAAAAAUCUGUUUCAGAAAAUGCUCACAUUUCAGUUCUAGGGGUGGAAAAAUACAAAAAAUUUUCUGGGGGAGAAUACCCCCAGACCCCCCUACUAGUACAUACGAUACCACACCAAACUUUUUGUCACCAACAACCAUCUGUCAUCUCUCCACACUCAAUAUAGUAUGGUCCCUUUUUGUAGAUGCCCACCCCCAGACAAGUUCUUAAAAAAACCCUGUGUUCAAAUCAUUUCGCUGUAUGAAGACGGGUCAUGGGUUAGGGUUAUGGUAGGACAAAUGUUGCAUUGCAAAGCAGUAACACAUAAUAUAUAUUUUUUAAUCAUAUAUAGUUGAAUCAUAUUCACCAGGGUAAAACAUCAUGAGCUAGAUUAAACAGAUUGUCCUAAUAUCUAACUUUACCUGCAACGCACACCUGUUUCAUUGCUGUUAAUUUUUCAAUCCACACGGGGGUGGGGGUCAGAAAAGUUUCUACUUUUAUGAGGGGGGAGGCACAAAAAGUUUGCCUUCAUUCUGGAGGGGGGGGGGUCAAAAAAGUUUUCAAUCCUUAUUUUCCCCGUCUCCCCCCCCCCUCCCCAUAAACAAUGACCACUCCCUUACAGUAGAUCAAUAGGACGUAUGACGUUUCACAGCACACCAUGCAUGCAAACAGUAUUUUGCAUUUUCAGUGUUAAUCCUUAAACUCGUUGUUAAAAUGUAAUCGUGGUGGUUAUUGUAAUUAUUGGUAUUGUCAAAACUGUUUUUAACUGACACAUGCAUAAACUAUAUGUUUUUUUAUAAUCAAACCGUUUCAUAAUUUCAUUAUAUAAAAGAGCACUAAAAAUCUACUUGUCUCUACCGAUGCAGUAUUCACAAAAUUAUUCAUUGAUAUUGAUUGAAAAUAAUUGAAUUGGUUAGGUAAUUCUUAUAUAUAUAUAGAUCGUGUUUAUAUGGUAUUUAUUUGUAAUGAAUUUUAUAUUUUAAAAUUAUAUUUACUUGCCUAAUUUGAUUGUAUGUGAUCGUCUUUUAUUCAGUCUGAGCUACUUUACACUCUAUGCCUGCGACUGUCAUCGUAGCUGAUUUCUAUGGGUCUUCUAUCACCAGGCAUUAAAAUACGGAAUUUUUACAAGGACACACUUUGCCUUCAGAGGCGUAUUUUUAGUAUAAAUGCGCAUGCAGACUCACGAGAACGAGUGGUGAAGCGACAAGUUUAGCGUCGAAGACGCGAGCUUUUAAGGGUCUCUGAAAUGGCAUUUCCAGAGCUCUGAGAACAGAAUUUGCAAAAUCUUUGGCCAUUUUGCGUGGAUUACAUUAAUAUAUUUUCAGUUUAAUAUAUUUUCAAGUACACACUUUUCAAUUUACAAGGGCACAUUCGCCUUUUACAAGGACACAAAGUGUGUACAAGGACACGCUAUUUUAAUGCCUGUCUAUCACCUUAUGAUGACAGUCGCAGGUAGAGUGUAAAGUCGCCCAGAAAUAAAAGACGAUCAAAAAACUGUCAGUCCGCCUUGGCCCGCAACCUUUUCAUAACAAACGUAUUUCCCCCCACAAAAUUCACUAAGAAUCACAUGCUCUUAUACACCGUGUUUCCUUCCCUCCACGUUGUCCAUAUACAGGGUGUAUCAAAAAAAAGGUAAUCGAACUUCAGCGCGCUAUUAUACGUGAAUUACUCGGCGUAUGAACAACUGGUUUUCAUAUUCGGAAAGAUCAGGCUUUUAGCUAUUGAAUGACAUGCUUUUCAUGCCAAGUGGGGAAAAAAUAAGCAUGUACGAGGCCGAUUAAAAAUGUUAGUCAAAAUCGCAUAUUUUCACCUCUGUGCCUAAUUAAAACAAUGCAUAACAAAAGAAAAAGAGGUCCAGAGGUCCCACUCUCAAAACAUAUCAAAAGCUGAUUAAACUUGUUUAGCAAUCUACAGGGUGUAUCAAAAAAAGCGCAACCUCGGAAUUUCCCAAGAAAUCCACAUUGUUUUAAGGACAAAAGAUUUUAAGGCCGUUUUCCACUAGGCGAAUUUUUUCGCGCGACGCGAAGCGAAAACCGAAAUCCGGCAACGUGAUUGGUCGGCGAAAAAAUUCGCGGCGAAAAAGUAGGAUCGCUUCCUACUUUUUAUCUGUUCGCGCGAAUAAAUUCGCCUAGUGGAAAACGGGCUUUAGGCGCCUGGGAAUUUAAAAUAGCACAACUGUCAAAAUUACUGCACACGCGAGUGCAUAAAGCAAAAUUUAUGCAUUUAUUCACAUGCACAACAACAGUAAUAUGAUCUAUUAACAAUCCGAUUUCAAUGGCCAUUUGCAUUAUAUACUAAAUUUUGAUCUAGACAAAAAUUUCAUCACAGCUUGAAAGAGCAUCACAAAAUUAGUAAUAUUCCAAAGUUUCGUUGCGAAAUGUUGUAAAAUGCGGAUAAUAUAACCCUGCGAAAUUUGCAAUUUUCAGUCAUUUUGUAUUACAAAUUUUUGUCUAGAUCAAAAUUUACUCUACAAUGCAAAUGGUCCAUUCCCAGGGCCUAAAAUCUUUUAUGCUUAAGAAUUGCGAAGUGAUUUCUUAGGAAAUUCCGAGGUUGCGAGAGUGCGUUGUAUAAUUUUAUAUGGCUGACCGCGCUCGUUUUAGAUAGCUAAGUAAAACAGUAAACAAGUGUGAUGUGGAGAGUGGAUCUUCCGGUUAAAUUGUUAUUCUGUGGCCUGGGGACGUGGCAGAGAUCAAAUGACCAUCAAAUCCAUGCAACAUGGCAAACUUAAGAUCGAACGAAGAUUACCAAACCUGUUUUGACCCAAAGAUCUACCUCGAAGCGUUUUAUGAAAAAUUUAAGGGAGACGAAAAUGAAUAUGGAUCUGCGGUGCCGACUAUUAAAGCAUUUCACGAGUUUUGGUCGAGCUUUAAGGCACCAAAAGGCACAGACGUUCGAUAUCUCGAGUUUGGUGGUGGACCUUCUAUAACCAACUGUGUUUUUGCUUGCCCAAAAGUGGAUCAUAUUGUGUUUGCCGAGUAUACAGAAGCAAAUAGACAAGCCGUGAAGUCGUGGAUUGCUGGCGAUCCAGACGCCCACGACUGGAUGCCUUUAAUUGAAAUCGCUGUUCUUGAACUCGAACAAGGACGUGGCAUUGUAGAAAGUCCUGCUGUACGAACAGACAAAGAGAAACUCGACUGUGUAAAUCGCGCUGAUGAAGUGAAACGAAAAAUCAAAUCUAUUGUCCCAUGUGAUGUGAACAAAGCUCCAAUAGUCCAACUUGAUACUGAUGAUGUUGCCAAACCGUUUCAUGUUGUGUCCACCAGUUUCUGCCUAGAGUCAUGUGUGUCGUCUGAGGUGCACUACAAGAACAUCGUCGCAGAACUUUGCAAGUUACUCAAACCAAACGGUUAUCUAUUUAUGUUCGUAGUCCUAGAGCAGACGUUUUAUUCUGUCGGCGAAGAAACGUUUUCUGCCUUUCCUGUAACUGAGAAAAUGGUGAAAGAAGCAAUGAAUGAAGCAGGAAUGGAAAUUGUGAAAUUUGUAUCAAUACCGGUAUUGUACCCAAUAGAACGUGAAGAUGGUACAGCUAUAUAUUAUACUUAUUGCAGAAAGCCUGCGGCCUGAAAUGACAAUCAACACAAACUUGCAACAAUUAUUACUUGAAUUAGUGAGCUUUUUGGUUAUUGCAGCAUGUAACUAGUAACUACUUUCUUGUAAAAUGUACAGCUGUUGUUUACUGCUUUGUGACAAUAAUAAUUCAUUUAUGUAAUAUGAUAUACUUAAUAAGUACCUUGUAUUAUUUAAGUACUGUUUAAUAAACGAGCAGGAGUGUUUUAUCACAUAUAAAACACGACGUGCAGCGGAGUGUUUUAUAUGUGAUAAAACACGACUAUACAAGUGCUUUAAAUAGCUUAAAAAACGACUCAUCUUAUACGAGUUCAUUGGCGAAGUAAUUUUUAAAAUAAACUUUGUCUAAACCGAGAAAAUCAAAGCAAUCAAUUAUGUAAAUUAACGUAAUUUUUUAUCACAUAAAACCACGACACGCUUAUGAUUUUUCUUUGUAUUUUGCUCCUGAAUUAUUAAUGAGUUUUUAAGGUCAUAUAAUGAAAAACUGUUUAGAUUUUUUGGUCAAAAUAGUAUGAUAAUCUUCGUUGAAUCUCAGGUUUGCCGUUUUUGCAUGGAUUUGAAAUUUAAUCUACUGCGCUUUCCAGUUUUGGUGUUUGUGAGGAAAGAUUUCAUUCUCGCUUGGUUGGGCACUCCAGGGGUCUCCGUACAUGUGAAGGGCAAAGUCGUGCGAAUCAACAUUAAGGUGAUAUCACGCGAGAUUAAACUCUCCUAUCAGUUCGCUAACCUAGGCGCUGUCCACUUUAUUGCUCGAUUAAAAGCACAUUCACAUUGUUUUAUUAAUUAACCUAACUUUAAAGCGAAUUUAACGAAGUGAACUUUUAGUUAUGUAAUUGCGACCAGCGAGCGAGCUGGGAGCAUCCUAAUCUGUGCAUGUGCGUAGAAAAUUUAAAUAUACCGCUGAGUUCGGAUUAGCCCCGGCUCAAGAUUCACCGAUUCACCUCGGCUUGCAUUCCAUAUUUGGAACAUAUUUCCGUAUUUGGAAGACCCAUGAAACGGUAUUUCCGCCGCUGUUAUGCCGCCCAGUGUUUUAUUUACUCAUCGAUACUGAUGCAAUUUUAUACAUGUACCUUUAACUUUUGUUCAUCAAAUUGUACAUCAAAUGAAGCUUAACUUAGCAUCUACUAACUGUUGUAAGUCUGUUAUUGAAGGCAGAUUUAAAUAAUCAAAAAGAUUAAAUGCUGUGCAUGAGGAUGUUGUGAUGUAUACAAAGAAACGUCUGUUGUUUGAAAGUCAUGUGCCGGGCUUUAUUAUUUAUCUUUAAAUUGCGCUUUGUCAAUCGGUAUUGUUAUUGACACGUCAUGCUAUUCAUAGAAGGCGACUUCGCGCCGUAGCGACAAUAUAAUCACAAAUGUGACUAUUUGUUAUGUAAUUUGUAGCAAGUGACGUAAUUGGAUACCAAUAGACCUUUCCCCUUUUAAGUGAAAUUUUGAUCUAGGACAAAAAUUUCAUUACAGCUUGAAAGAGCAUCACAAAAUUAGUAAUAUUCCGAAGUUUCGUUUCGAAAUGUUGUAAAAUGCGGAUAAUAUAGCCUUGCGAAGUUGGCCGUUUUUCAGUCCUUUUGUAUUACGCGGGGGAAAUUGAUAAUCAGAUGAUCAAACUGAUUAUCAAUUUCCCGUUUGUAAUACCAAAUGACUGAAAAACGGCAAACUUCGCAAGGCUAUAUUAUCCGCAUUUUACAACAUUUUGCAACGAAACUUCGGAAUAUUAUUGAUGCUCUUUCAAGCUGUGAUUAAAUUUUUGUCCAGACUUGUCUAGAUCAAAAUUUCACUUAAAAGGGGAAAGGUCUAUUAGUCAAGUUAAUAUUUUGAUAAAUUUAUCUAAAUUGGAUAUUCAGUGUAAAUGGGCCGACUUUUAUUAUAUAAUGAGCAAUAUUGGCCCAUAUCAGUUAUCGCAACUCCUUUGCAUAAACUUGAAAAGUUGUUACUGUUUUUUAUUUUGAAUAUAUCAAUAGACAAUAUGAAAUAAAGUACCUUGUCAUGUGCAUGUUUAUUUGACGCAAAUCGUUAUAUAAAAAAUAAAACAAACCCGACCGACCGACCGACUUUUGGCAAAAGUAAAGGAUGAUCACCAACUAUGUGGCCAAAACAGCGUGAGCCGGCGCGUUGUCAUUAGUGACUAAAGUCUCCAGGUCGCACUUUUUAACCUGUGGUUACGCCUAGUAUUAUAAUUACUCGGCUAAUUUUAAUUCAGUAUGAAUCAAUUUCACAACCCUUGAGAUUCUCCACUUGAAAGGUGCUCACAAGAUACGCUCGGAACCAGAUCCAUUUGACUCUGACACUUUCAGGUGCACGCACACCACUCCGUCUCCAAUACCCUGGAACCAGAGGGUAUUUAUUUUCGCCUGUUUUGAAUAACCCUCUGGUGAAAUUGGCUGGGUUUUUGGGGUCACAUUCCACACAUAACUUUCAAAAUUGGAACCUAGAAGUUGAUUGGUUGCUGACUAUAGGUUCGAUAGACUACGUGUUCUGAUUGGAUAUUGUAAACAUCAUAGCCUGUUCGCAGGCGUUUCGUGUUUUGAUCAGUGCUCUCACUUUUAAGGAAUUAUCCUUAAAAAUAGGAAUUUUGAAGAGUUUUAAGGAUUUUUUUAAGGAAUUUAGGUUUUUGAGGAUUUUUUUAAGGAAUUUCCAAAACAUUUUAUCCUGGACUAAAAACGUUUUGACGGAGAAUAACCACGCCACGCAAAUGAGAUUUAAACUUGAAAGUAGCAACCAGUGCUCUCACUUUUAAGGAAUUAUCCUUAAAAAUAUGAAUUUUGAAGAGUUUUAAGGAUUUUUUUAAGGAAUUUAGGUUUUUGAGGAUUUUUUUAAGGAAUUUCCAAAACAUUUUAUCCUGGACUAAAAACGUUUUGACAGAGAAUAACCACGCCACGCAAAUGAGAUUUAAACUUGAAAGUAGCAACAUUAUAUGCACAUAAUUACAUAUAUUCGUAUGUUCUCUAUGUCGUAAAUGUACAUAUGGCUGUCUUUCCAUUAAAAUUCUCAAAAGUUAAAUGUCAGUGUAUGCUGUUUCUUCUGAAAUCUACAGAUUUUCUAAGUUCUCAGGGCCCUAGCGACCAGGGGAGGGAGGAGGGAGGGUGCAACACCCCUAAUAUUGCUCAUGAACAAUUUCAGGUAGAUAUCCUGUAGAUUUUUAGGUAAAUUCAGGUAAUUCUCAGGGCAUAAAAAAGUGAACUCUCUAAUCUGAAUUGGAGUUAACAAUCAAACAAACUAAAGACGUUGAGACGUGUUGUGGUAGGGAGACAAUUGCGAAAUACCCUUUCUGACGAUCUAGAGACUCCAAAUUUCCAAAAUUUUCUCAAUUUCCCAUUAUAAACUGAAAGUAGCAAUACUUAUCUUCAUUGUUAGGCAAUACUAAAAUAUUGGGUAGGAAUGACUCUAAAAAUGCCAUUUCCGACGGUCUAGAAACUUCAAAUUUUCAAAAAAUACGGUUUCAAAGAACGUUCAGUUCAGGUAAAUCAGGUGAAAAAAACACUUUUUGCAACUCUGUGAUCAGGCCUUGUAGUAAUUUUACCAAUUUAAGGAAUUUUAAGGAAAUCUGAGGAAUUUUCGAGCUUUUUCUAAGGAAUUCGAAAAUUUGACUGUGAGAGCACUGGUUUUGAUUGAAUUGAAACAUUUGAAUUUUGAAAUGUCUAUAUUAUUAAAUAAACGAACAAAAGUUGAAAGAAGCUGUUUUAUAGGCUGCAUUAAUAGAUAGAUUGAUAAAUUUCCUGAAUUAAAAGUUUAACGGAGCAUCAAUACCGCGCCUUGUCCAAUUUGAUUCACAUUAAAGAUGUAUUUGCAUCUUGCUAUCGGUUAUGGGAAGAGUUUAAUAUUCCAAACUUCUAACACCGAGAGUAGCACGACGACUUGGCAAAAGCCACAAUUUUCUGGAGAAACCCAUCUUAAUAGUCAUUUGCAAAUUGAACUCUUUCAUUGACUCUCACGUCCGUGAACUAAGAAAGCGUGGAUGCCGUGUUACUUCACUGUCAAACGAAGAGGACGAGAAAGCAAUACUAGAUGGAGAGUUUGCAUUCGCAUUUUGUAAUCCCGAGUCUAUUAUUCGAAAUGCGAAAUGGAGAGGAAUGAUUUCAAUCGUUUCAUUUGAAAUCUACAAGACAAAUUUGCUUGCUUUUGUAUUAACAGACAAAGUUCACGUCGGCCCAAAGAGGUGUGUUUAAUAAAUUUAUAAAAUACAGAUUUUUUUAAUGUAUAUUGCAAGAUUAAAGUGAAUGAAUAUAAAUAUAUAUUUAUAUUAAAUUGAAUAGAUGUGAUGUUUUAAAUUGAAUGAAAUUUAGGAGAAUGAAUAUUGCUACAAAUGGGCAGGCAUACACUAGACAGUAAACAUGCGAUAAAACCCUGUCUAGACGGCCUGGCGUCAAGGAUAAUGAUUGGAUAAUAUUUUUAGAAUAUGAUGCAUUAAGCAAUUAUACAUUUUUUGCAUUCUUUAUCCGAACCAGGAAUCGCCAACAAAUUCACCAGAGGUUUUUCCUUUUUCUUCGUGCGUUUUCUCGCAUUUCGCGUAAAAACCUCUGGGCCAGGGUACGUCUCCAACUGUCAUAAUCUAUAAAUGGCAGCAGUGGGGAAUGUCUUACGAAGGACCGAAAAUGUAUUGACUUUUACUUUGAUUUGCCGGCAAAACUCCAUCAACUCCUCCCACUACAAAAUUCAAAUUCUGUCAAGAAUAGUGAGCUGCGUCGCUCACCAUCAGGGCAUUUUUUAAGAAAUUACAACUACUGGGGCUUAGUCUCAAUAAGGACCUCCCGUUUAUAUACGGGUACAUAAAAAUCACUCUGUGCUCAGGGACAGUGCCAGCGCUAUUUGAAUAGGGGGGGGGGUGGGUGUAAGUGAAAUAUUGCCUACUAAUUUCAAACGCUAAUUGGCAUUUCUUUUCAUCCAACUGGGAUUGGAUAAUUUGCCGAUUACCUGACGAUUAUGGGUGUUCCACACCCACAACUCACUUUUAGUUCCGCCCCUGCCUGUGCUGACUUUUAUAAGAGGGAAUGUCGAGAAUGUGAGAGGAUAUGAGAAAGCAGGCAGAUGCAGCUUUCUCAACAAGGUUAACCUUUUACUAAUGAUCAAAAGGGCCCAGUUCAUCUGAAAAUCAUGGGCCUACUGGGGCAAAUGCUCCAGUAGUUAUAUACGGUUAAAAAAUGCCCUGCUCACAAUCGAAAUGUAAUCAUGACGGCAGGCUCAAAUUCUAAAUUCAAGUCUGGUACUUUGAUAGUUCAUAAAACACUUUCUAAAUUUGCACCUUAUGAAUUCAAAUUGUGUUUCAAACCUACCAUUUUUGUGCGCAAGCCAUUUUUAAAUAGUUUUAAAAAAACAGCCCUGCUGCACUCAAAAAAAUACUUUUCAGAAUAAUUUUGUGAGAGAAACGCCAGACGACCGGCCCAAAUUACUCAUAUACUAACAUAAAGUUGUCAAAAAAACUAGAUUUCCGGAAUUUUCAGGCCGGUGAACAUUUUAGAAUUGUGCAUUUUUUUUAUCAGUUUAAGGAAAUUGUUUGUAUUCAGUGUCGGUACAGAUUACUGAUAUCAUUACCGCACCAUUUCAACACUACAGUUGCAAAGAACUUGCCAGGUUAUUAAUAUGCAAUCUGCAAAAAUAUUGGGAUGUCAGCCUUCCAAACCGCGACAUGAAAUCAGUUUGAGCCCCCUGAGCUCUGAGCCCCCUCCCUCUUCCACACCUCUGAUUUUAGAACUGUGCACUUUUUUAUACACACACAAGUAUAACCGGACAAUAAUUAAGACAAGACAAGACAAGACAAGAUAUUUAUUAAGUACCAUAUUACGUCAAUGAAUUAUUAUUAUGAAGUGGGGUAAAACAACAGCUGAUAAAUUUUGCAGGAAAUUAAGUAGGUACAUGCUAACAGUAAUAACCAAUUGCAGGCUCAAAUACUAAAUUCAAGUAAUAAUUGUUGCAAGGUUGUGUUGAUUGUCACUUUCUGGCCGCAGAUUUCUUGCAAUAAGUAUAAAAUAUAAAUUUACCAUCUUCACGUUCUGUUGAGUACAGUACUGGAAUUGAUACAAAUUUUACAAUUUCCAUUCCUGCUUCAUUCAUUGCUUCUUUCACCAUUUUCUCAGUCAGUGGAAAGACAGAAAACUUUUCUUCGCCAACAGGAUAAAACGUCUGCUCUAGGAAGCCGAUGCUAAAUAGAUAGCCGUUUGGUUUGAGUAAUUUGCAAAGUUUUGCGACGGUGUUCUUGUAGUGCACCUCAGACGACACACAUGUCUCUAGGCAGAAACUGCUGGACACAACAUCAAACGGUUUGGCAACAUCAUCAGUAUCAAGUUGAACUAUUGGAGCUUUGUUCACAUCACAUGGGACAACAGAUUUUAUUUUUCGUUUCAGUUCAUUAGCACGAUUUACACAGUCGAGUUUCUCUUCGUCUGUUCGUACAACAGAACUUUCUACAAUGCCACGUCCUUGUUCGAGUUCAAGAACAACGAUUUCAAUUAAAGGCAUCCAGUUGUAAGCGUCUGCGUCGCCAGCAAUCCAAGACUUCACGGCUUCUCUAUUCGCUUCUACAUACUCGGCAAAGACAAUAUGAUCCACUUUUGGGCAAGCAAAAACAAGGUUGGUUAUAGAAGGUCCACCACCAAACUCGAGAUAUCGAACUUCCGUGCCUUUUGGUGCCUUAAAGUUCGACCAAAACUCGUGAAAUGAUUUAAUAAUCGGCACCGCAGAUCCAUAUUCAUUUUCGUCUCCCUUCAAUUUUUCAUAAAACUGUUCGAGGUAGAUUUUUGGGUCAAAAUAUGUCUGGUAAUCUUCGUUGAAUCUUAAGUUAGCCAUUUUUGCAUGGAUUUGAAAUUUGAUCUACUGCGCUUUCCAGUUUUGUCGUUUGUGAGGAAAAAUUUGAUUCGGCACUAGGUUGGGCACCUCCUUUUAUAAUGACACUCCUGAGAUUUUCGUACAUGGACAGAAAAGUGGUAUGAUUCCAAUCCAACCAAUCGACAUUAAGGUGAUAUCACGUGAUCUACUGUUAUAACUCUCGUACCAGUUCUCCAACUUGUUUAUUUAAGGCGUUGUCCACUUCGUAAAAUCGGUUUUAUUACUCGAUUAUACAAAGAUAUUGAAAUUGUUCAUAACUUCACGAAAUUAACAACAUCUUAGAAGAAAAGUUUCAAACUUUUGUUUUAUGAAUAAACAUUGUUUUAUGAAUUAACCUAUCUUUCAAGAGAAUUUAACGAAGUUAGCUUUUAAUUAUGUAAUAUUAUAAUCAAUCGGGUAAUUUUAAUUUAGCAUGACUCAAUUUCACAACCCUUGAGAUUGUCCAUUUGAAAGGUCAACGUUUAUAUCUGCUCACAAGAUAAACUGUCGGAACCAGAUCCGUUUGACUCUGACACUUUCAGGUGCACGCAUACACCAGACAGUCUCCAACUGUCAUAACCUAAUAUGGCAGCAGUGACGAAUGUCUUACGAAGGACCGAAAUGGUAUUGACUUUUACUUUGAUUUGUGGCAAAACUCUAUCAACUGCUCCCACUAAGUUUAGAAUUAAGAUAAAAUUUAAAUUAAGCGAGAGUGUUCCAUAGCAAAUACAAAAAUUUCCCGCAAAUACAAAAAUGUUUUCCUUCAAAAUUUAUGUCGCCGACGGGGGGGAGGCCGAGCUCGCCAAAGAGCAAAAAAUUUUCGUGAAUUGGCAGGAGGGGCAGGCGCCUUCCCUACGGCGAAAAUGUUUCCGACAUAUCAGUUAUAACAUUUCUCACACGUUACAUAUUUCUUGCUUUUUCGACUAUUUUAAUACGCGUCCUGUUUCCUUUCCAUCGUUUGGCCGGAUUUUAAGUAGAAUUUGCCCGGUUUUUAUGUAGAAUUUGCCCGGUUUUUAAGUAGAGUUUGCCCGGAUUUUAAGUAGAAUUUGCCCGGUUUUUAAACGUAGAAUUGCCUGGUUUUUAUGUAGGCUGACACAGGAAAUUUGUUCAAUACAAAAUAAAGAUUCCUCAAAAUUUCCUUUGCAACAUGCAAAGCUUGCACGGUACCAAGCUAGCCAAAAUGUUCAAAGUAUUUUAUUGAAUAAAAACUUGUUAAUAGGAUAGUAAAAGACAUGUAAUCUUUUCUUGAUUUCAUUGCAAAGAUCACUUAAUUAAAAUGACCAUAUAACUUCUGUGGUAGAAUUUUUAUAGCUUUCUUCCUUUCCGAGAUAUUCAACUUUGUUUAAUAUGCAAAUAUGAUCAGUAUGGCAUCACACUGUACAAUGCGAUUUUUGCAGAACAUCUCCUGUUGGCCUGUUUGUGUGUUCAGUGUAUUAUUGAAUAAACAAGUUAGAGAACCGGUACGAGAGUUUAACAGUAGAUCACGUGAUAUAACCUUAAUGCUGAUUGGUUGGAUUGGAAUCACACCACUUCUCUGUCCACAUGUACGAAGACCGCUGGAGUGUCAUUAUAAAAGGAGGUGCCCGACCUAGUGCCGAAUUAAAUUUUUCCUCACAAACGACAAAACUGGGGAACACAGUUGAACAAUUUCAAAUCCGUGCAAAAAUGGCUAACUUAAGAUUCAACGAAGAUUUAUACCAUAACUCUUUUGACCCAAAAAUCUACCUCGAACAGUUUUAUGAAAAAUUGAAGGGAGACGAAAAUGAAUAUGGAUCUGCGGUGCCGAUUAUUAAAUCAUUUCACGAGUUUUGGUGUAACUUUAAGGCACGGAAAGGCACGAAAGUUCGAUAUCUCGAGUUUGGUGGUGGACCUUCUAUUACCAACCUUGUUUUUGCUUGCCCAAAAGUGGAUCAUAUUGUCUUUGCCGAGUAUGUAGAAGCGAAUAGAGAAGCCGUGAAGUCGUGGAUUGCUAGCGACCCAGACGCAUACGACUGGAUGCCUUUAAUUGAAAUCGUUGUUCUUGAACUCGAACAAGGACGUGUCAUUGUAGAAAGCCCUGUUGGGCGAACAGACGAAGAGAAGCUCGAUUGUGUAAAUCGUGCUAAUGAAUUGAAACGAAAAAUAAAAUCUAUUGUCCCAUGUGAUGUGACCAAAACACCAAUAGUCCAACUUGAUAGUGAUGACGUUGCCAAACCGUUCGACGUUGUGUCCACCAGCUUUUGCCUUUCUGCGUGCGUGUCGUCUGAGGUGCACUACAAGAACACCGUUGCAGAACUUUGCAAAUUACUCAAACCAAACGGCUAUCUAUUUAUGGUCGGCUUCAUAGAGCAGACGUUUUAUCCUGUCGGCGAGGUAAAGUUUUCUACCUUUCCCCUAACCGAGAAAAUGGUGAAAGAAGCAAUGAAUGAAGCAGGCAUGGAAAUUAUAAAAUUUGUAUCAAUUCCAGUACUGUACUCAACAGAACGUGAAGAUGGUAAAGCUAUAUAUUAUACUUAUUGCAGAAAAUCUGCGGCCAAAAAGUGACAAUCAACACAAACUUGCAACAAUUAUUACUUGAAUUAGUGAGCUUUUUGGUUAUUACAGUUAGCUGCAUGUACCUACUUUCCUGUAAAAUUUACAGUUGUUAUUUACUGCUUUGUAACAAUAAUAAUUCAUUUAUGUAAUAUCAUAUACUUAAUAAAUACCUUGUAUUGGUAGAUUUUUUGGUCAAAAUAGUAUGAUAAUCUUCGUUGAAUCUUAGGUUUGCCGUUUUUGCAUGGAUUUGAAAUUUAAUCUACUGCGCUUUCCAGUUUUGACUUUGUUGUUUGCGAGGAAAAAUUUCAUUCUCGGCGCGAAUCAGGUGAUAUCACCGGCGAGAUUAAACUCUCCUACCAGUUCGCUAACUUAGGCGCUGUCCACUUUAUUGCUCGCCUCGCGAGGCGAUUAGCUCAGCAAGUUGCUCUCGUGUGCGGAUAGUUUUCGUGAGGAUUUAACCUCUCGAGGCCUUGAGGAAAAUAUCUAUCGUGUUUGAUAUUUUUCGCCUCGCGAGGAAAAAAUCUCAGCGUCUGCAGAUGUUGUGAGCUAAGUGCUGAGCUGUUUGAAUCAAUUAGCCAAUGACAAACCAUGGUUUCUUCAUGUGACUUGGAACAAAAUGGAGGAAAAUGCAAAUGAUUUUGUUAUUUAUGUUGUUGUUGAGUAGUUUUCUCAACGUGUGCGGUGAAAAUACAUAGCUGAGCUAGCUGCCACGCGAGGCGGUUAGCUCAGCAAGUUGCUCUCGUGUGCGGCGGGCUUAACGAAGGGCCGAAAUUGUAUUGACUUUUACUUUGAUUUGCCGGCAACUUUCCAUCAAGUCCUCCCACUAAGUUUAGAAUUAAGCUAGAAUUUAAAUUAAACGAGAGUGUUCCGCAACAAAUACAAAAAAGUUUUCUUUCCAUGUCGACGACGGCCGGGGAGCAAGCGCAUCCCCUACAGCGAAACGUUUUCCGAUACACUUUUUUUUAAACAUUAGAAUGUUAGGGUUUGUAAUCCAAGUGAUUAUAUACAUUUUAAGACCUGACCAGGAACGACUGCGAAAAAUGCAGCACAAGGUCCUCUGGUAGGAAUUGAACUACGGCCCUGCGAUCGUAGGGCCGUAGGUUCAAUUCCUACCAGAGGACCUUGUGCUGCAUUUUUCGCAGUCGUUCCUGGUCAGGUCUUAAAAUGUAUAUAAUCUCUUGGAUUACAAACCCUAACAUUCUAAUAAUAAUUCCACCAAGUGAAGUGCAAGAAACCACAUCAUUCAAGUUUUUUUUAAACACCCUGUAUAUACAACUGGCUGCUGCCUUCUCACUACAAGCGCUUAAGCCUGGUUUCCAUAUGGUCGUAACUGUCGCGAACGUGUUGUAACUGUCGUCAGAGUAGUGUUCGCGACCAAAUGGAAACAUGAAGAAAAGUCUUGUCGCGAUACGCUGGCAACAGUUCAUGAGUUACAACAGUGUCGUCGAGAUUGACUCGAGUUCUAUCACGACGACAGUUGCGACGGGCUAAAAACGUGUAGUGACGAUUAUGUUUUAAUGUCAUUGAAAUCUCUAGUCCAGUCCGAACUGGGGGAUUUGAAACAUGGGAAGGUCACGUUCUGGCGAGGGCCUGCGGAAUCUUGUAAAAAAAAUGGCGCCGGCGUCACGUCAGCAAGUAAAUUUCUACAUAAUCUUGAAUAUAAACAGAUAUAAGAAAGCGGUGUGAAACUUAUAAAUUAAACUGGCGACUCUUAGGACGUGGAAGGAAGCAUUUUUUAACGAUAAGGUUUGUUGUCCACACCAACGUUGCACGAAUAAAACUGCCUUCUUCGACGAAGCAGGUUCAAAACAACAUUUAUUCAUUUUACAAGAUUCCGCAGGCUCAGGAUUUGAAAUGACAUUUGAUACGAAUAAAUAACUACUUAAAGUGAGGUGAAUUCAUUUUGACCAGUGCAAGGACUGAAUUCAUUUUGAUCCAGUCCUAGGACUGGACUAUCAAUAGACUCAAUAUACUUCACUGGUAUCCAGUAUUAUCAUGUGGGCAAAAUAAAGCAAUAUGGUUGGCUAAUUUACUCAUGAAUUAUUAAUUGAGAUUAUCUAAUCGUCUUUUUCUUCAGUGAUACUGUUACAUUAUCAGCUGAAAUUUCUCACACCAAGAAAUCAUUUGCUGAUGCUGUUGAUGUGGAAUUAUCGUUCGCUUGUCCUGCUUACGUCAUCUUUGGAAGUUACAGUAGCUCUUUGCCACCACAAAAUGUGACCAAUGAUCGCAACGAUCAAGUGCUAAAGGUAUUUUUAUCUUUAUUUAGGUCAGUGGCAUGCUGACAGGGGGGGCAGAGGGGCCAUAGCCCUCCCUGCGAGGGACUUUUAGGAGGCGCAAAAGCUCUUAAGGGACACUAAAACUGCAUGAAAUGAAACCAAAUUGUCAAUUCUACAGAAAUUCAGCCAAAUGAGUAAGUGGGAGAGCGACACGUAUUAAUUUAAACUGUCUUGAAAGAUGUUUCGAAAAUUUCGCUCACUCCCCAUCGACACCUAUUUUGGGAAAUUAACAACGAUGGCCGCCACAUCUUGAAGUGGCCUCCCCUGAUGAACAGGGCCAGCGCGCCACUGAUUUAUUAAGUGGUCUCAAUACUUUCACAAAAUAUAUGCAUAUGGUUGUUGGCGACACAGUUAGUCAGGGACUAACGAAGACCAGCUUUUUUGUUAAUUGAGGAAGUGUAAGGGUCCAAACUAUCUUUUCAAUUACGUUUUACGUUACCUAAAAGCAGUGUUUGCAAUUUAGUGUAAUUUUUUCCAUUAGUACACCCAAGUAGUAGGUGUUUCAUUAGCAUGUAAAGCAAAACCAAGCCCGCGAGCGCCUGCUUUUCAGGCCAGUGUUUCAUUCGAAAGAAUAUAUUAGCACAGUGGGAUACGGACUACGUCUUAGCGACAUGACCAUUUUUCCUGUGCAAUUUCUAAUCAUGUCUUCUCCGGUUUCCUCCUGUAUUAAAACUGAACAAGUAAGAGAGAAUUGUUUAAACUUCAUAGUGUAAGUUUAAUGGUUGACUCUUAGUGGACCUCUAGGUAUCUUUCUUAAAUCGAUAAUCAUGUUUUUUUGUAGUUCUCUAACAUGUUACUAAGUACUCGCUUGACGGUUACCAUAGCAACAAGCGUAGAUCCAUACCACAUGCUGACAUCACGUGACGAGGUGACUGCAUCAUGCAUGAUGACGUUAUGGUACUAUGGUGUGCUGGAUUCGUGCCGCAAACCUGAGAGUAAAUGGGAUGCAAGAUCCACGUCACUCAACGUCCGCUUUUCUUUCACAGCAAAAGCAGGUAAUUAACUGGGGCCAGUGAGCUCUAUAUCUCUCUGGAGCGAGAACUCGUCUGUGACUCGAGUCCAAAAAGUGAGGCAAAGAUGGCGGAAAUUGAAGAAUUAUUGACGUCAGUUCCAAGUGUGCCGAAAUUUGAUAUCACAGGUCGAAUGACAGAGUUCUUGCUCCAGAUAUAUAGAGCUCACUGCCCAGGGCCUGUUUAUAUAAUCUCGCGUACCGAGACUUCUCGACCGCACGCGUAAAAAGGGCAAGUUGUUACAGAUUUGCAAACAAGUCGUAACAAGUUUGUUGUCAAGCCAAUAUCAGGUUGUGUUCUCACUGCUUGUUAAAAUGUUGAUGACGAUAACAGACUUGCUACAAGUUGUUCCAACAAAGCUAAUACAGGCUGGUCGUAACAAGUUGCUACGAACUUGUUGUCAUCAACUUGUUGACAACUUGUUACGUGCAGACGGUAACAGACUUGUUGGAACAACUUGUUGCAAGUCUGUUGGCCUCUUCAACCUUGUUACAAGAUGACAACAGCUUGUUCCAGACUUGUUAACAAUUGAGAAGAAGCAGUGCGAACACAUCUAGUUGACAAGCAGUGAGAUUUUUAUUCGUGUAGCUGAACCAAUAUUAUUUCUGUUGGUUCAUAUGUUUUUCAUCUCACUAGCCGCAAGAUGAAAUUACAAUGUAGUUCUAUCAUUUCGCUUUAUAUAAUACCUUAUUUAAUUCUGAUCGUUUAAUUGGCUGUUUAUGGUCACGUGAUAUUGAAUAGAAAAUUUCAUUUCCCAAGAGUGCAAUGGAAUACGUGCAAUGGAAUAUUAGUCUAUUUUGGUAUUAUAUAAAACAAAUAAUGAAUGUUUAUGAGUGCAAUGGUAAGAAUAUUUUCAUUCGGUGAAAGAUGGAAUGUUCCAUUCAACUUGGCUGUCGCCUCGUUGAAUGGAACAUUCCAUCUUUCACCUCAUAAAAAUAUUCUUACCAUUGCACUCAUAAUUAUAAACAUUCAUUAUUUGUAUAAUCAAAACUUGUACGACGAGGCAGAAUGCAAGACGGACAGCCUGUGGCAUAUGCUUCUCGAUCGCUGACCGACACAAUUGUGUCGGUAUUUGUAUUAGCAUUUCACAAGACAAUUAGCAUACCAUAGAAUAUGUAAUUAUGUAUAAAGGGCUGUCUCAUGAUUAAGCCAGCAUCAUUUGGAAUGCAUACUUGUACGAAGAUAGACCGGUUUUACUGUUAGAUAUAUCUUAAUAAAAUAUUCAUAUAAACCACGACGUUACAUGGUGUCAGGAGUGGGAUCUCCUUCAUCAAAGCUUAGUCAAGCUUUAAGCUUUUGACGAGGGAAAUAUAAUUGAAUUGAAGUAAACAGAAAUAAGUGAAGCGAAACCGUCGAAAUAUGUCAGCUGCAGACAAGAGUAGCGACGAGUGUAAAAUGUCAAAUGUUUGAACUAUUUUGGUGUUUUUCCUCAUUUAAAUACUUUAUCAGCAUAAACCAGAGUAGCGAACGAAACAUGAUUGAUAUACCUGGUUGCAGUGAACGAACAAACUUUAAAUAUAUUGUAAUGCAUUUACUAUCUUUGUGGAUUUCUUAUCUGUUUUGUGUUUUAUUACUAGCUUGCGAAAGCCAACUACAACUCCACGAAAGUUAUUUUUCUGCCUCGUCGUUUCAAAAACCAUCAUAUAACUCUCUUGGGGAUUCUCCACAUCACGCAAACUUUGCGCAUAACCUAGUAUGGACACCCGCUGACACAGAAGACAUUCAUCAAUAUUUGCAAAUUGAAUUCAACCAACUCAUGCACAUUACAAAGGUAUGGAGUAAUAUCCAUAGUAAUAUAUUCACUCAUUCGACACAUGUUGACUCUUAGCCAAAAAACAACAAAAGAAAAUGAAUGAGAAUGAAACUAUUUUAAAUAAAUAGAAACAUAUCAGCAAAUAAAUAGAAAUAAUAGCAUAUUAGAAAACGCUGUAAUUUUUUUUUAUAUCUAGGUUGGUACCAAGGGGAAUGGUCAACUAGCGUCUCCGAGAUAUGUCAGAAAAUUUGCUCUGUAUUACAGCCAAGAUGGGCGAGACUGGGCGAUGGCAUACGCAGCAUUUCAGUCUCAUGUAUGUAAAUAUAUUUUCAAGAGAAACUAUUCCGAUCUAUAGAAUAUAUGUUAUGCGUCUGAGAAUAUCUUUACAGGUCAGUUUACUGAAAACUGUGAUUAGAGGACAUAGUUCUUGUGCAUCUGAGGCUCACCACGCAUUAUGUCCUUGUUAAUUAAUGCAUAGAAAAAUCUUUAUCUGUUUAUAUGAGUCACACGCCUGGACGGCUAGGUCAGAGAUCUUCUCGCACUAUGUGGGAUCUCGAUCGGGAGGGAUGAAAUUCUCUGUGUGAGCAGUUCAGGUCAAUUUACCGAGAUGGACAUUUUUCCUGGGCGGUGUAUUUGGAAAGUGAGACAAAAAAGCUCAACAGACACUAUUAAUUAAAGUCAUUACACAAUGUAUACAAUUUCUCUAGUCACCAAAGACGGCAACCCAUGACGGCAACCUUUUUUUGCAUGACAUGCAAACUUUCGCUUCUCAACUUUCAUCAACUCUCAUACAAACUUUCGCUUCUCAACUCUCAACAAGUCCCAAGCAAGAUCACUAACGGCAUUUCUGACAUUUGUGUUGCAGGAAUUCGUGGGCAACAAUGACUGCACAACGGUGAAGCUCAAUAUCCUGAAAGUGCCAAUUGAUGCAAAAUUCUUGAGAAUCGUUCCUAAAUUGUGGAAGGAUAAAAUUGCUCUCAAAGUGCAGUUGUUUGGGUGUCCUGUUCACCAAGUACCUGGUAAGACAACUUAUCAUUUUAUUCAGUUCGUUUUCGACCUCUUUGCUUCCACAUGGUUUGUUGAAUAUAGGGGAUCCAAUCCGGAUUUAGUGUCUCAUACAGAAGAGACUAGAGAGUCUCCCUUAAGUAAAGUUAUCUGGUAAGUAAGCGGUGGCGUAGUCAUGUGAGCAAUCGUCUAUUGCCUCUGAGUUCGUGGGUUUAAUUCUCGCUAUGGAUUCAUCAGUGUGAAAACAGUCAGUCAACGCUCUGCCGAAAAGUAGUGGGUUUUCUCUGGGUGCUCUGAUUUCCUCCCACAGGGGAAGUUGACAGGGUGGGUUAGGAUAAACACAGAUAAGAAAGAUAAUAGUAACAAUAUAGAGUAGGAUAAUAAAUGGCUGGAAAGCUAAUUUUGUUAUCCAUUAAUGCCCAUGAGUAUCCCCUUAAGAGGUGGAAUUAUCUGGUGUUAGACAAAAUAGGAUGAGAAUUAAGCAGGCCGCAUCAGGGCACAUUGCCCAUUAUUGGGAAGACACAGAGUAAUUGAAGUAUAAGCACGUAAUACAUAAUAAUAUUUUUCAGCUCCCCAUCGCUGCUUUUCAGUGACCGAUUACAUCAAGUAUUACACUUACUUAUAUUACCUACUUAGCCUUAGACUAUUUAUCUUUACAACAAUUGUGAUAGUACUUUCCUAACCAUGUUUAUCCUAAUCCACCCUGCCAACUCUCCCUGUGGGAGGAAACUGGAGCGCUCGGAGAAAACCCACGACUUUUGGCAGCAUUGACUCUUUUCACAUGAGUCCAUAGCGAGAAUCGAAGGUGAAACUCAAAAUCGAACUCAGAGGUGAAAAGUGCUUGCAUGUUCUGAGGACUACGCCAGAGUAAGGGUGGAUAAGGAGCAUUGCCGUUAAUGGCUUACUUUUUCACUUAAUCAUUCGUUUUUCUUGUCAGUAUUAAUUCAAAACAUUUAUAACACUUUUUACGUUUUCAGCAGGUUACCAGCCACUGGGUAUAUCUUCAGGUCGUGUCGAAGACAACAAAAUCACCGUCCUGUCUGGGAACGAACACACUUACAAACCAUACCAUGCACGUCUUGAUUUCGUCACUCACACAGGAGGCUGGUGUACACAGAGCAAUUCCAUACAAAUUUUGGCUGUUGACCUGGAAGAUAAUUACGUUAUUGCUGGGGUAUGAUGAUUAACACGUGUUUUUAUUGAAGCAUAGCUAUAUAAAGCCCGGCCGUACAGACAAGCAAAUUUUUCUUGAAACAUUUCUUUGACAAUUUUACUUUCUCGUGUGUACGGUCAACAAGUUUUCCUUGACAAGUUUACUUUCUCUUAACAACUCAAGUUUACCGUCAAGUUUCCUUGACAAGUUUACCUUCUCGUAUGUACGGUCAACAAGCUUUCCAUGAAGUUAAGAUUAAACUAGCCUUUUUACAUGCAUAUCUAGUUGUAUAUUCUGAUCAAUUUCAGAUCGCUGUUCAGUCCAAGUAUCAGACCACGGAUAAAUUAAUCAAGCGUUUUCAAAUUGCGUACAAGAAAAAUGGAGGACCAAAGACAUACAUUAAAGUAAAUAGUGCAAUCAAGGUAGGUUUUUGAGAUGUUGUUUUCUUCGUGGAAAUGCUGUCCUAAUUAUUGAGGUCUGAGAGGUUCUUGUGAAGAAAUUGAUCUACAUGUUCAAUGGUUAAUCAGGAUUUGGGGCAUUUUCAGGCUGCGAUAAUUCAAAAUUUUUAGUUGUACACCCUGUAUGUAAAUCCUUUCAUCAUUUAGACAUUCCUUGGCAAUCCAGUUGAAGAUACAACAAUUCGACACAAAUUUCUGGAGACAAUAUUAGCCCGACAUGUUUAUUUUGAGCCAAAAAAGUUAUCUAACACAGGCUGUCUCAGACUUGAACUUUAUGGGUAUAAAGAAGACGAUGAGUAUAUUUCAGGUAAACUAUAAAUUUGACCUAACUAUUUAUACUGGAUGUAUCUGUCACGGUCAGUUUAAACUGUUCUUCCUAUAGCAUAGUAAAGGCCUUAUUUCGGUUCAGUUUCACUAUAGGAAGAAAGUGACUGACAAGCCUAAACUAAGUCUAUUUUGUAUCGGAUUGCUUUAUUCGUUCUAAACUGUUCUUCCUAGAGAUACAGUGAGCGUCUUGUUCUUGUUGGUUCAAUGCCUUCCAUAGGCAUGUACAGUACGACAUUUUCCUGUGGGUGAGACCACUAGAUCAGUGGGUGAGACACUCAGAAGUGGCAUGAUAGCAUCAUAGGGUAAGUACAUACAGAGGCUUCUCUUAAAUGUCGACACCUUUGAUGUCGGCGUAAGGGCUUUUUUGGAAAAAUGCGCCAUGUUUUUAGCCAGUCCAGUGAAGAGAGGCCGCCUUUUUACGUAAACUGCGCAUGUGCAGGUACUGGCUAAGAACAUGGCGGCCAAAAAAAAACACCUUACGGUUUUUUCGCUGAGAUAAGCCUCUGUAUGUUACUCUGUGAUGGCAUGCUCCUUGGGUGUUAGCAGUUUCUGCUGCACCUCGGCUGUUAGCGGGUUCUGCUGCAAGAGUUAUAAUAAUGAUAUUAUGAUAACUCGGAAGUGAAUGAAGUGAAUGAACUCGGAAGUGAAUGAACUCGGAAGUGAAUGAAGUGAAUGAACUCGGAAGUGAAUGAAGUGAAUGAACUCGGAAGUGAAUGAACUCGGAAGUGAAUGAAGUGAAUGAACUCGGAAGUGAAUGAAGUGAAUGAACUCGGAAGUGAAUGAACUCCGAAGUGAAUGAAGGAAUGGUUACUCGGAAGUGGCAUGGUAGCAGGCUGUUAGCAGGUUCUGCAAGAGUUAUAAUAAUGAUCAGCUUUUAUUUCCAUUUUAGACUACUGCACUAUAUUUGAUUUCGAGGGCGACCUCAGCCUAAUGCAGUGGAACAGAACAGGAUCAGCUUUCGACAACCAACCCACGUUUUUAGACAACCUGCACGCCCGAACUGGUCAAGCCGUGAAUCAUGAAGGCGAGCGGUGGAUUGGGACGAGAGAGAAUCGUAGAAGGCCAAGUGAUAUCCCUGGCGGUACCCAGGGGAAUUAUCCCACCGGAACUCUCAUCUCCCCGGGGUUUAUUAUUUCGGCAUCAAAACUCUUCUUUUUGUUCGCUGGUACUGCUGACCAGGCGAAAUCCCGAGUGGAGUUGCUUGUCGAUGGCUUGGCGGCGCGAACUGCUUUUUCGGAAACUGGAAAUGAGUCUCUUGUUCCGAUGAGUUGGGAUGUCAAGGGGCUGGUAGGAAAAGAGGCUCAGAUACGGAUUGUGGAUAGCGGUAGUGAUGCCUUUGUCAGUUUUGAUGGAUUGAAGAGCAAUUGUCAUCUUCGUGAAGGUUUGUGUUGAGAGAUAUGAUUGCCGUAUACACGCAUCAAAAUCUCGUUAACAAGAUGUGUUUCGCAACAGGCUUGCAACAAGCUUGUCAACAAGUUGUAACAAUGCUAUCAUUUUAUCAAGUUGCUACAAGGUUGUCACUCACAACUUGUUGGCAAAUUGUUGAAUUGCAGGACGAUAACAAGUUGUUGGAACAACUUGUAACAAGUCUUUUGGGCUCAACAACCUUGUAAGAAGUUGUCAACAAGCUACGAACAAGCAGUGCAAACACAUCCUGUUGAGCAUUGCUACAAGUCUGCUGCUGUUUUUUACAACUUGAGUGGUUUUACGUGUGUGUCAGACUUUGUUUCAACAGGAUGUACUCGCACUGCUUGUUCCCAGUAUGUUGAUCAAACUCAUGUUUUUGGCCAGGGGUGGGUAUUUAUUUUUUAGUUAAUAUUUGAGGUUGGUUAAAAAUUGUUUUAAACUUUUUAAUGGUUGAAAGUGUUGAAUCAGCAAAAUGUUUACCAAGAAAAGCAUUUCUCUUCGGUGCCACCCCCCGCCAUAAAUAAUGUCUGGUCAGGCAUUAAAAUAGCGUGUCCUUGUACACACUUUGUGUCCUUGUAAAAGGCGAAUGUGCCCUUGUAAAUUGAAAAGUGUGUACUUGAAAAUAUAUUAAACAGAAAAUAUAUUAAUGUAAUCCACGCAAAAUUGCCAAAUAUUUUCCAAAUUCUGUUCUCAGAACACUGGAAAUGCCAUUUCAGAGACCCCCUUAAAGCCGGUUUUCAACUAGCGGAGUUUUGCGCGCGGAGCGGAAUUUUUCUUUGUCUUUUCCUGGUCUUUUACUCUUUUCUAAUUAGUUCCACCCGAGGAAUCAUAAGACGAAGAAAAAUUCCGCUUCGCGCGCAAAAUUCCGCCUAGUGGAAAACCGGCUUAAAAGCUCGCGUCUUCGAUGCCAAACUUGUGGCUUCGUCACUCUUUCUCGUAAAGCUGCACAUUUAUACCAAAAAUACGCCUUUUAAGGCAAAGUGUGUCCUUGUAAAAAUUCCGUAUUUUAAUGCCUGUGUCUGGUCCCAAAUAGCUUUGUCUUUGAUAGUUCAUUGAUAUCUACAAAAAGAUGAUAUGGCGCUUGAAGAAACGGAUUUUGUUUUCUUUUGCUUUCAUAUCUCACACAUCCGCUUCGCUCACUCGAUAUUGAAAACGCUCGAAAAUAAUUUCCAUACUUCCACACGGAGAGCCAGUACGCACACAUUUAACUCAACAACACAUGCGGAAAGUAAGAAAAAAAUUCGCAAAGAAGCAAUCAUUAAACUUGUAACUAAUUAUUGAUCUUUAUUUACACAGAGUUGCUGCCAAUAUUCGAAAGAAGCUUUCUCUUAAAUCGUUUGAAUAACACAUUGUACCUGUGCCAUUCUUUUCAUUUGAGGUAAGCGUAAAGACAAUACACAAAUUUGGCUUUACUAUUGUUCUAGUUUACAAAAGCAUAGAAUAGAACAAAAGUAACUAAGCUUUAGAGUAGUACAGCGUGUAUCAAAAAAAUGUGCACCCUUUCAAAUUCAAAUUAACCAUAAUCUAUUGUAGUAAUAUGACAGCCGUAUAAUUUCUCGAAUUAAUAAUGCGUGAAAACACAAGGUCUUCUGCACAUGGGAAUUUAGGAUAACUUCUAUUUGUAUGAACAAAAACGCAACUCAAAGAAAAACGUUUAAAUUAAGCAUUAUUCAAGUCUGCAUAAGAUAUAAAAUGGACAAGCUUACUGCAGAGCAAUGAAUAUUUAAAAGGUUAUGGCUAAUUUGAAUUUGAAAAGGUACAUUUUUUUAAUACACGGCUCAUAAUAUCAUGGCUCAGCAUACAAAAUUGCUUUGCAACUUGCAGCAAAUUUGCCUCGGAUAACAUCGCCUUUGGAUACUCGAAUACUAUUCUACAAUCAUUGUGAUGCAAAUAGUUGUGGUGACGAAAGUAUUUUUUUGCAUCCUUUGUAGCAAUCGUGAAGAUCCUGUCUGUCGCUUAACGUUUGACAAUGGACGUACGUGGCGAGGUAGGCUGCCAUGAACAAUCUAUAAUAUAAUUUACGGAUUGUCCGUCUGGACAUCCUUAGGUAUAGAAAAGAUAGUUCGUCCAACAAUUUGUUUGUGUAUGAACGCGAUAUAAAUAUCUUGUUCAUUUGGACAGUGCACUGUUUGGUGUUUAAAAUAUGCCGGUGAUAAUGACGAUGAUAAACUUGACGCUAGCCCCAUUGGCAAAACCUGGUUUCAAUGGGGUGCGUCCAGUCUAUAUAUUUUUAAAAAAUUGACAAUGCAAAACAUAACUAGAGUAACAACGAGUGAUUAACGAGGAGUAAGUAGUGAUUAUGAUAUUCUCAGUGUCCAAGUGGGCGAUCUUGUAAACUGGUGAAAUAUCGUCCACAUCCGCCAUCACUCACAAUACCAAAUAUAUCACUCCAGGUAUCUAUACAGCUCACUUGUCUUUUAGAUCUAAGUCAUGUUGCGGGACUACUUGGUAUAAAUGAGGUUACCGGGGAACUAUACGGAGUGUCAAUGGAUAGAAGAGAUCGUUUGGUGAACACGAACUGGAUUGGUAGGGGAGCAUGGAGUGAAGUCGAAGAUAGCGAAUGGGAUAAAAUAAAAGGCAGUCUGAAUAAAAUGGUAGAAAUUCCAAAUGUUCCAGUCACUGGGCUGUUGGAGACGGAUCGACAUCUGCCAGUGCUUACCCUUAUUGCUAAUUCGGGUGAUCGCUUUUCCGGUAAGCUGAGUUUAGUAUGUGUAUUUAUAAAAUAACAUGUAUAUAACGCGUAUUCUGAUUGGUCGAAAGCCGUGUUUGGAUCAGGCCAUCCAAACACGGAAGACUACCGUGUUGUUGUUAUUUUAUAAAACAAUUACUUUAUGGUUUCCGUGUUUGGAUGGACUGAUCCAAACACUUGGGAAUGUUGCUCGAGUUAAGAAAAGCGGGCAAAAUCACUCGCCUUCGGCUCGUGAUUUCGCUCGCUUUUCUUAACUCUCGCAACAUUCCCGCGUGUUUGGAUCAGGCCAUCCAAACACGGAAACCAUAAAGUAAUUGUAUAUUCUUACAUCGUAAAUUUCUUGCCGGUGGCGGUUUUAAAUCGCUGGGUUACACCGGAUGCACUUUUCUUCUUCAUCAACUAAAAUCAAGAAGGGAUGACCCUUACCGGACCUCUAGUGAGAACAGUUUAGAACUGAAAAAACCUAGUUAACUCAUUUUAUUUAUACUGGAUACACGCCUUACCGGACCUCUAGUGAGAACAGUUUAGAACUGAAAAAACCUAGUAAACUCACUUUAUUUAUACUGGAUACACGGUAUAAAUAAAGUAAGUUUAGCCUUUCUCUUGUAGUAACCCUGGACCAAUAAGGCAUGGCCCUUAUUGGACUUCUAUGGAAAACAGUUUCACACCAAUAGAGACAUUUUUAAUGUCUGUUGCACCAACAAUGGUAGACGAAAAUUUUGAAUAAAAUCAAAUCUGUGAUUUUUAGAGAGCUAAUUGUUAGUUAAAAUUUCAAUCUAAGACAUAGUUUUGACACUAAUAGAAGUCAAUAAACAGUCUAUAGUAGAAGUAAUGUUAUGGCUGUGUUCAGGGAUUAUUUUAAAGAAAUUUUAUUACUGCACAAAGAUACAUAAAAUAGCAGCAUAUCACAUAGCGAAGGAGCGCUGAGUGCUGUACUAGGAAAUCCAAAACAGGAAAAUUUACGAAUUUGUAAAUGGAACCUAUAACAAAAGAUACCCAACUAGUGAUGGGAAAUCGCAAUAGACAGAACUUUUUGGGGGGACCUGGGGGUCCUUAUCCAGAAAAUGUCGGACUUUUUAGCCUCCAGAGGUUGAUUUCUUGCAUUUACAGACACAAUUUUUGAUACAUUCCACCUUGAAAACCAAAUUAUCACUUUACAAAUCCCAUUUAUCACUUCACAAAUCCCAUUUAUCACUGCACAAAUCCCAUUUAUCACUGCACAAAUCCCAUUUAUCACUGCACAAAUCCCAUUUAUCACUGCAUAAAUCCCAUUUAUCACUUCACAAAUUGGUUAUAUCACUGCACCUUAAAAUAAUCCCUGGCUGUAUUUCAACAUUCAUCUCUUGGAUUGUUAUCGAUGUCCACUAAUAAUUAGCUGUGUAAAAUUAAAGUCUGGACAAGCUAAAUAAAGACCUAAACCACUAAACUAAGAUUUUUAUAUAUUUUUUCAGCUUCGUCACUUGGCGUUUACCAUCUACCACCAGGUGGUUAUUGGUCGAUAAUUGCAACAUGGCGGUGCAAAGGUAAAUCCAUUUUGAAGAGACACUUCUCGAAUUUGCUUGAGUCCCUUUUAGACAAUGUCGACGCUGGGAACGAAAUCUACUAGUUAAGAAUAGAUCUAUUUCCAAAUUUCUACUAUAAUCUAUUUUCAAACUUCAAACCUAAAUUUCUAUAUAUAUAUUUAUUGUAAUGUAUAUUUCAGAAUACCCGGAUGUCUGUGUGAGCAGCCCGUGUAAUAACGCGGGAGUUUGUCACGUGACGUCUGAUGGCGGUUACAACUGCACGUGCCCUCUAGGGUAUACUGGGGAUAUUUGUGAUCACGGUAAGUAGACACGAAGAGACUUCCGAAACGAUGAAGCAUUUAGAAAUAUAUAGAAUAAUGCUCUGGCAUUUCCAAUUUUUUGUAAUUUGUUGAAUUAUCUAAGAAUAAUGGUCAAGAUACAAAGUCUUGUGUAGAAGCACAUAUUCACUUUUAAAAUUAAAUUUUAUUCUUAUUUUGUUAUAGAAGUUGACGACUGUGCGGAAAACUCGUGUCUUAAUAACGGAAAAUGCGUAGAUGGCUUCAACAUGUUUUAUUGUAUUUGUAACUCUUUUUAUACCGGAGAAAGAUGUGAGAGAGGUAAGAGUCUGCUGUUUGAAUAGUUUUCAAACGACAACGAGACAACAACAUCGUCAACAAUGACAACGACGACAACAACAACAACGAGAACGAUGACAAUAUCAACAACAGUAACAGUAACAGCAACAGCAACAACAGUAGCAGUAGCGACAACAGCAACAGUAACAGCAACAGCAACAACAACAACAACAACAACAACAACAACAACAACAACAACAACAACAACAACAACAACAACAACAGCAACAGUAACAGUAACAACAGUAACAACGACAACGACAACGACAACAGUAACAACAACAACAACAACCAAAGCGGUAACAACAAUACAAGUAACAACAACUUGCAACAAUUGCAUCAUGGACGCUUUGCUUACCAUGUUAACGUAUCAGGUCGACGUAAAGAAAAGAAUCUCUUCAAUUGUAUUUUCCAGACAUCGACGACUGUUCUUCUUUGCCGUGCUCCCCUGGUUCUGCGUGUAUUGAUGGUUUAGGAAACUUCACCUGUCAAUGUCCGCCAGGUUUUGUCGGGGAAUUUUGUCAAAUGGGUAAGUUCUUAACGAACAUUUGCACGAAACUAAGCUAAACUAAACUGCAUUUUUACCAGAUAGCUCUGUCCACAGUUAAUAGAACUAGUUCUAUUAACCGUGCUCUAUCAGAGUAAGUUUUAUACGGGAAAGAAACAUAGCACGCAGAAAGUUCAUGCGGUGUUUGCAGAGUCAAAUUGGAAGGAAUUUUCUCACAUGUAACGGAGGCAAAACUAUAAUCCAAGAAACUCUAGGAUUUGAACUGCAGAGAUGAACCUCGAUUGUUCCGAUAAUUUCAUUAAGUGUAAUCCCAACAAGGGUUGAAUAAUAUUCUAUUUUCCAACUGUAGAAACAGACGAAUGUGCGAGCAGGCCUUGCCAACAUGAUGGACAUUGUGUUGAUCACGUGAACAGUUAUUCAUGUCACUGUCGUCAGGGAUAUUCAGGGAUAAACUGUGAACAUGGUAGGUUUAAGAAAUGA